UUUUGUGAUAGUAGCCAUUAGUUUAUGUUUAAUUGAUUUGAAUUUUAAUUAGGUACCUACCUACUAACCUACUUAAGUUAUUUAGUUUUAACACUUCCGCCUUGGUGUGUCGGUCGGUGUUCUUCUGUUAUUAGAGUAAAAGUUGAAACAAAUCUUUUAAUAUUUUUUUUAAGGAUGCCGAAAAUAGUUUUCCACUACUUCCCUCUGAAGGCUCUUGGUGAGUCCACCCGUUUACUGUUGACAUAUGGCGGGGAAGAGUUUGAAGAUAACAGGGUUCCUUUUGAGCAAUGGCCAGCUUUCAAGCCAUCGACUCCGUUCGGGCAGAUGCCCGUUUUGGAGAUAGACGGCAAGAAAUAUGCACAGAGCUUGGCCACGGGCAGAUACCUGGGUCACAAAUACGGACUUGCCGGUGCUAACAUCGAGGAGGACUUUGAAAUCGACCAGAACAUCGAGUUUGUCAAUGAUAUUCGUGCAAAGUCAGCUUUGGUUCAAUACGAGCCAGACGCAGCUGUGAAAGCCAAGAAACACGAAGAACACUCCAAGAAUUUGUACCCGUUCCUGUUGGAGCGUCUCGAUCAGAUGAUCAAGAGUAACAACGGCCAUAUUGCACUCGGCAAGUUGACCUGGGCAGACUUUGUCUUCGCCGGAAUGUUCGACUACUUGAAGAUGAUGCUGCAGAUGCCAGACCUGGAGACCAAGUACCCCAGUUUCAAGCAGGUGGUUGACAACGUGUACUCGUUGCCCAAGGUCAAGGAGUUCAGCGACAAGGCGCCCAAAACUGACGUCUAGCCUACUAAAAUGUCAAAGAAGAAAAUCUUCAAAGAAGCUUUGAUCUUAAUUUGUCUCUUAAUAUUAUUUCUUCACUACGAUGAUGACGUCACAAAAUACAUUCUCCGUCUCUCGUAUGCAUUUUGUUUUUCAGAUACUGUAUUUAGGUGAUGUUAGCGAUGUGUGAAUAUAGGACUUAAUGCACAAUCUAAACUAAUAAGUUUAAAGAUAAUUUUAUUGGUGAGAAUUAUUAGAAUGGGCUAAAAAUAGGGCUCCUAGCUCUGGCGUGGGGCGCGAGGGGUGUUAUAUUACACAUACACUUGACAUGCAGAUGUUUAAACGCUACAGGAGUGACCUACCCGCGUGGGCGAAAAAGCAAAGUAAUCGGUACCUAAAUACCAGCUAAAAAAGUAGCUAAUAUGUGAAGCCAAAAUUAAAUUAAACGACGGGUAAUUUUUUGUUUCUCCUUAAUAAUUUAAAUCAAUUGGAUGUAAAUUUUGUAAAGAUUUUGUACAAAGGAAUGUGUCUCCUGUUGAAAAAAUUAUUAGAUAUUCUCUAAAAAAAUUUUCACUUCUGACUUUUAUGUCUUGAUUUUACACACCGUUGCAUAUCCGUACAAACAGCUUAAACUCAUGUUGUUUGAAGUUAAGUUUAAUUGUUACUAUAUUGGAAAGUAUAUCACAGUUCUAUUAAAUAUUGUCCUUAUUAUAUAAAAAUUCCUGGUGAAGUACCAUCGGUAUAAUUGGAACCUUUUGGUUGGUUCACUUGUAAUUCUGCGCCACGAGGAGGUGACCACUUACCAGCCACAAAGGUUUCUCAUACAAGAAUAUAUUAUAUGGUUAACAUAGAAUUAUUUUUAUAUUAAAAAAGCACAUAGUAUUUUUAUAUAAUAGUUAUGAUCUUAAAUAAAUAACAUUAGUAUGAAAA